CAAGUGGAGUAAUAUCACUGUUGUGUUCACAAAUUUAAAAGCCCUGAGUGGUAUGAAUAAUUCCGCGUCUUUAAAAGACGAUAAAAAACAAGACAAUUCGUUCAAGGCGGAACCGUCGAUGCCCUGCUGUUGGCGCGACGGACUAAUAUUAUGGGCGCUCUCACCGGAUGUUGAUAGUUUUUUUUUCAUAACUUUGGAGAAUAAUGUUUGAACAAUGGAAGCGAUGAAUCUUAGGUGAAAUUCAUGUGUAAAUAUUUGGUUUUCUAGUACAAGGACUAUUGCUUCGUGAGAUGGGUGUACAUGGGCUAUGGAGACUGCUGGAGAGCUCAGGAAAGCCUGUCAACCCGGAGACCCUGGAGGGGAAGAUCCUUGCUGUCGACAUCAGCAUAUGGCUGAACCAAGCGGUGAAAGGGGUCCGGGACCGUGAAGGCAACAGCGUCCAGAAUGCCCACCUCCUCACGCUCUUCCACCGCAUCUGCAAGCUGCUCUUUUUCCGCAUCAGGCCAGUGUUUGUCUUCGAUGGGGACGCGCCUCUGCUGAAGAAGCAAACGCUGGCAUUGAGGAGGCAGAGGAAGGAAGAACUGACCCAAGAAUCCAAACAGACCAACGAGAAACUCCUCAAAACAUUUCUGAAGCGACAAGCCAUCAAAGCUGCGCUCGGAGACAAAAGUGUCGACCCUCUACCAAGCCUCACUACCACCAGAAGAAAUGAAGUGGAUGACAUGUAUGUCCUCCCAGCUCUGCCCCCAGCUGAGGAGGAGGAAAAGAGCAGUUCAGAAGCUGAGGAAGAGGAGGAAUCCCAUGAUGCAGAUGACAGUUUUUACAUGUAUGAGGGUGAGCAAGUCUAUGCUAACCCCAACUCCAUGGAUAUCAACUCUGAAGAUUUUGCCUCUUUACCCCCCGAGAUGAAAUAUGAAAUACUCCAAGACAUGAAAGAAUUUUGCAAACGACGAAGAUCUAUGAUACAAAAGCCUCCAGAGGUAGCUGAAGACUUCUCCCGGUACCAGCUGGCUGGUCUGCUCCAGAGAAACAAAUUGAAUCAGCGCCUGGAGAAUGUGGAGAAGGAGAUGAAGCAGCAGAAUGCAGGCAGCGCUCCUCAGCUCCAUCCAGAUGGAGAACAGCAGACUGACAACAUAGAGACACACAGACUUGUUUCAGAAGAUAACUCUCAUUAUAUCCUCAUUAAAGGCUCCAAGAAUGGCAAGAACCCAGACCAGCAACCGUCAGUAUCAUCUUUGUCCCGGAGCUCCAUUCCAGACUACAGAAGAAGGAAGGUGGACAGACCUGAGCCCCUGUGGAGGCCUGUGUAUGAGGAAGAUGAAGAUUUACAGGACUCAUCAUCAGAAGAUUCCAAACCAUCUCAAUCUAAACCAACCAUUUCCUCUCAAGAUACCACAUCCCCUCUCUCGCCUCGAACUUUAAAAGCCAUUCAAAGUGCAAUGUGGGACAGCUCAGACGAUGAGAAGUUGCUUGAGCCAGCUGGCAGUGUUUCUCCACGCACUCUCCAGGCCAUACAACGCGCGCUGACUGAAGAGCAGGAGGAGAAGGAGAGGACAACGGAACAAAAGAUCAUAAGUCAGCCUGAAGUAGUCAUCAGCAGUUCUGAUGAGGAGUUAGAGUCCAAAGCCUUGAAAAAAUCACCUCCGGCGAGCAAAGAAGAAUAUUACAUUCCACUGAAACAGCAAGAUGUUUUGUUUAGCAACUUAGCAGAAGAAAUGGAGGAUAUUAUCGGACAGAGAAAUAAGGCUUUUCGUUCUGCGAUUACGCAGCAAGUCAACACUAGAGAGGAGAGUAAGGUUAAUGGAGCGAUUGUGAGACCUGAACAGAAGAGUCCAGAAGUGACGAUGGUAAAAAGUCUGAACGUUCUGACUGAAGAUGGUGCACCAGAAACAUGCUCAGAAAAGCCGAAGGUUCCCCUCGACAGUGCAGUGAGCGAUCUGAUUCCAAACAUCGAUGACAAAGAGAGAGACGUGGUUGAUGAAAAGGCACAGAGCAAUGAAGAAAGUGAAUCUGAAGAGAGCUUCAUUGAGGUGUCAGAAGAGGAUGAAGAUGAGGAAGAUAAAAAUGCGGUGAAGGAUGAGCAAGAUGUUUCAGCUGUGGAAGUUUCAGAGGAGACACUAAAUGUAUCUGAAGAAGAAGAAAACAAACACGAGGGAGAGAAGGAUCACGGAGAUGAAAUGGCAGCUGAAUCCAGCUCUGCCCCAGAAAUGGAGAAAUGGGAUCAACUUGACUUGGAGGAGCUGCAAUCUCUGGAGAAUUCCCUGCAGGCUGAACAGAGCAGUUUAAGGGAGCAGAAGCAGCAGCAGGAGAGGAUGGCCAACACCGUGACUGGACAGAUGUAUCUGGAGAGCCAGGAGCUGCUCAGCCUUUUUGGAGUUCCGUACCUGGUAGCGCCAACAGAGGCCGAGGCACAGUGUGCAGCACUGGACCGAGCCGACCAGACCAACGGGACCAUCACUGACGACUCGGACGUGUGGCUUUUUGGCGGACGACACGUCUACAGAAAUUUCUUUAGUCACAACAAAUAUGUUGAACACUAUCAGUACAGUGACCUGAAGAACCAACUAGGUCUGGACAGAACCAAACUGAUCAAUCUGGCGUAUUUGCUUGGAAGUGAUUACACAGAAGGCGUGCAGGGUGUGGGGUAUGUGACUGGCAUGGAGAUACUGAAUGAGUUCCCAGGCUCUGGACUUGAGCCUCUGGUGCAGUUCAGUACUUGGUGGUCAGAGGCCCAAGAGAAGAAGCGUUUAGUGGCCGAUCCUCGUGACACCAAGGUGAAGAGGAAGCUUAGAGACUUGAAACUUCAGCCUGGAUUCCCAAACCCGGCCGUGGCCCAGGCUUACCUGGACCCUACUGUUGACCAGUCUGACUCCUCCUUCAGCUGGGGUCGCCCACAACUGGACAUGAUCAAAGAGUUCUGCCAGAGCCGCUUCGGCUGGAGCAGCAGAAAGACGGAGGAAACUCUUCAGCCUGUGAUGAAGCAGAUGAAUUUGCAGCAGACUCAGCUGAGGAUCGACUCCUUCUUCCGCUUGGAGCAACAGGAGAAACAAGCCAUCAAAAGUCAGCGCUUGCGAAGAGCGAUCACCUGUAUGAAAAGAAAGGAGACGGGGAGAGAGGAGGAGGACACUGAGGACGACAAAGCGUCUCCGUCAAAGUGUAAAAAAGGACAUGUAGUGGAUGAAACAAAGGGAAUGGGUCAGGAAAGAUCUGUUGGAGUAGGUGGAGGUUUUCUGGGGUCUGUCAAUGGCAACGUGUUGGCACCAAGUCAGAGUGUUUGCGGCAGUAGAGACCUUUCUUCAGGGAGUCCUGUUGCUCAGUCUACUGAGUCAAAACCUACGAGACGCAGCAGCAGCGGUAGUAGCAGCGGUAGUAGCAGUAGUCAGGAGUCACCGGUAAAACCAGCUCAGUCUGCAAAAACCAAACCCACCAGAGCGAGACGUAGCAGCAGCAGCGAUUCAGACGAUGGCAGCGAUGCUAACGCCAAAGUUGCCAUGGUGACGGCUAGGUCCGUGUUUGAGGGAAACCGGAGGGGACGUGCGGGUAAAAGCAUUCGAGGACGAGGACGGAAGAAGGCCGAUCUGAGUUUGAAACUGAAACAUAAAUUGUUGUAGAUCUGAUCAAUGUAUUUGCUGCUUGACGAUGCUGUGAAUACGCUGAUGAAUCAAGGUGUGGUUCUCAUGAACUUCUAAUGUUUCAGCAUGAGAUGAAUUUACGAGAAUGAUGUGUCACUCCAGCUCUAUGAUUAGACACAAACAGGGAUGUCAACCACCGACUCAGAAAAGAGCCUCAGCCUCCACAAGCCGCUGGUUCAGGUGUCCUGUCAGCAUUACUCCCAUGGAACAAACCCUGUCUCUCAAACAUGUUGACAAAUUCUUGAACGUGUGUCCAGUCUCAUAAUGCUGUUGUCCCUAUUAGGCUAGUAAUAAAAGGACUCGGCUGAUGGAUGACUCAGAUCCCUCAAGGUUAACUUGGCGCUCCUUAUUUUCUUUUCUAUUUGCAUUGCUGCACAGCGUUGUGUUUUGUCCACCAUGUCUCAAGAUAAAUGCAACUGCUAUCUGAACACAUGAGAUGAGCCUUUUAAAAAAAUGUUGCCCACCAGUUCCUCUUUUCACAGAAUCUAGAGUCUAUCUUAAUCUAAACUGGCGCCCCUCUCGUCUUCGCGGUCCAGAUCAGCAGUCCGACGAGCAGCUGCAUCUGUCA